AUGAACUUAGUUGAUAUCCUUGUCAUAUGGAACAAAUUCACCUGGUUUAAGUCUAAUGGAAGUUGUAGGAGUAGGAUUGAUAGGUUUUUGUUGACAGAAGGGCUUAUAUCCAAAUGGAAUGUUAAUGUGCAAAGGGUGGGCGACAGGGAUAUCUCAGAUCAUAGGCCCAUAUGGAUUCAGAAUAUCAAGGUUAAUUGGGGUCCAAAACCCUUUAAGGUGUUUAAAUGUUGGUUCAAUCAUCCUACUUUUGAUGAGUUUGUUGCUUCUACUUGGAAUAAUUUCCAUAUUGUUGGCAGCCCAUUGUUUAUCCUUGCAGAGAAAUUGGAAAAAUUGGGAGAAUGGCUGAGAUGA